GCGGCACAAUCAGCCGAGAGAGGCGUCUAAAUGUCUAGUCUGAUGCCAAUCCAAAGGUAGGUUAAAUGCUGUGUCUUUAAUUUCCCAUCAAACUCGAAUUUCUGCAUCAUCUUUCUCCAACGAGCCCAAUAUGACUUCUCCAAAGCGUAUCGUUUUCACCGGCGGUUCUGGCAAGGCAGGACGCCAUGUGAUUCCAGAACUCCUUAAGCGUGGACACAAGGUCCUGAAUCUCGACCUCGUCGACUUCCCCGAUCCCAAUGCCGGCGUCUUCACCCUCAAGACCAACCUCGAAGACAGUGGUCAAGUCUUCACUGCGCUCACAACCCACUACGACAUGACCGAUGGCUACGAGCAAGGCUACCCAGAACCACCACCAGACGUCGUCAUCCACUUCGCAGCCUACGCGCGAAACAUGAUAGUCCCCGACAACGAAUGCUUCAAAGCCAACGUAACAAGCACUUAUAACGUAAUCGAAGCAGCCUGCAAACUGGGAGUCCGCAAAAUCAUCAUCGCAUCAAGCGAGACAACCUACGGCGUCUGCUUCGCCGAAGGCGAUUACGACUAUCAUUCCUUCCCGUUGGAAGAAGACUACGACGUCGAUCCAAUGGACUCCUACGCCCUAUCCAAAAUCUGUGGCGAAAAGACCGCUCGAACUUUUGCCCGUCGCUACGGAGCAGAUAUCUACGCCCUCCGCAUCGGCAACGUGAUCGAACCUCACGAAUACGAGAGAGAUUUCCCUCGCCAUGUUGGUCAACCGAAUACCAGGAAACGCAACGCUUGGUCCUACAUUGACGCCCGCGACCUAGGUCAAAUUUGCUGGCGAGCAAUCGAAAAGUCUGGUCUAGGCUUCCAGAUUUUCAAUGCAACGAAUUCGACCAUUACGACAACAGUCCCGACUGAGAAGUUCUUGCAAGAGACCUGCCCAAAUGUGAAAAUUACGAGGAAAAUGGGAGAAUGGGAGGCACCUCUCAGCAAUAAGAAAAUCAUCGAUGUGCUCGGGUUCGAAGACGUCCAUGAUUGGAGGAAGUACUACAAGCCAUAGAUUUUAAGAUAAGAAAAAGGCUUAUGACACUUCACGCGCA